ACAGAGACCCUGUCCAGGGAGCCGCCAACCCACGAGGCACCCAUGGGUUCGCUGGUGGCCAAGCUCCUUCUGCCCACCAUCAGCACCUUGGUCUUCCUCCCCACCAUCAGCAUCGCGGCCAAACGGCGCUUCCACAUGGAAGCCAUGGUUUACUUCUUCACCAUGUUCUUCGUGGCGAUUUACCAUGCAUGCGAUGGUCCUGGCUUAUCAGUGCUGUGCUUCAUGCGCUAUGAUAUCCUGGAGUACUUCAGCAUCUACGGAACAGCUCUGUCCAUCUGGGUGUCCCUGAUGGCCCUGGCAGAGUUUGAUGAGCCGAAGAGAUCGACCUUCGUCAUGUUCGGCGUCCUCACCAUUGCCGUCAGGAUCUACCAUGACCGCUGGGGCUACGGCGUCUACUCGGGACCCAUCGGGACGGCCGUCCUGGUGAUAACCGUGAAAUGGCUCCAAAAGAUGAAAGAGAAGAAGGGGCUCUAUCCAGACAAGAGCGUCUACACCCAACAGAUUGGUCCUGGCUUCUGUUUCGGGGCAUUAGCACUGAUGUUGAGGUUCUUCUUUGAGGAGUGGGAUUACACCUACGUGCACAGCUUCUACCACUGCGCCUUGGCCAUGGCCUUUGUGCUGCUGCUGCCCAAGGAGAACAAGAAGGCCGGGACCACCGGGACCCCUGCCAGGCUCGACUGCUCCACGCUCUGCUGCUGCGUCUGAGUCGCCCGGGCAAGCGGGGCACU